AUGGAGACCGAACGUCCGAAAUGUCCGAAUGCGAGUCGAGUGAGAUCAUCAGAAAUACGUCUGAUUGAGAGAGUCGCGACGUGUGGCGCUUCGAGAGAAAGGAAAAAGAGAAAAAAAAAUCUCGAACGCGAGACGUCCGAGCGCACCGUCGCAGCGUUGGUGGCGUCGAUAAGGGAGCGACCGAGUCGAGGACGGACCGGAACGGUCAGUCGGUCGAUCUCGCUCGGCAUUCUCGACCUCGACGCGGCUGCCAGGUCGGAUCUCCUGCGAAACGCGCAAUUGCGGCAAUAUGGCGGAACGCGCACCCGGACCGGCACCGCUCUGCCUCUCGCAGUGACUCGCGCUAGUCGCGCUGGUAUAUCGAAGUUGCGGAAACGCGUGCGGAACGCACGCGUACGCUCUCACGAGUCGCGCAACGAACCGCCGCUCGCGUACAUCAUAUAUACAUCAUAUUAUAUAUACAUCUCUUUCUAUUUCUCUUUCUCGGAAGUACUCCGAUCUCCGCGUAUCCCGCACUCCGAAUAUCUCGCGAAACGCGCACGGCGCUCCUCGGCGUCGACCUCGAGUUAUUAUCGACCAGCGUGCCGGCGGCGAUGUGCCGCCGCGGAUGAUGGAGCUGACGACGCUGGCGCGCGACCCCCUCGUCGACCAGGUCGCGUCCCCGCGACACGCUCGCUGCUGAGCAAGUGGAGAAAAGUGCAUCGCCCGAAUAUCGCCGCGGACGAAUACCAGCGGCGACGCAGACGACGACGCUUCGUGUCCGCCCGCCGUCCGGUCGCCGUUCGAGAGCGCAGCGGGUGCAGUAAGCGCCCGAGCAGAAGGUACGUAGACCAUGCCAGGGCCAGGGGCGGAGUGGUGACCUAGACCUCAUCCCGGCUCCGACCCUCGAUGCUUACGCUACGGCUGGUGUCGACUCACUUCCUGAAGCAGCCAUAGGCAGUGCCCUUUGCCUUAGAGAAAGGGCUCGAUGCGAUGUGCCGUGAUAGGGACAUGAACCCAGAACUACUAGUCGAGUCGCACGAUCUCCGCUCAACGGCGUCGACGUCGCCGUCGCCGUCGUCGUAAGAAAAAAAAAAACAACAAAAACGAAGAAAGACACACACGGUCGUUCGAAAUUUUCACGCGCACGCAAGAAAGACUUUUCUUCUUCGACGGCCCUUCUCUCUCUCUCUCUCUCUCUCUCUCUCUCUCUCUCUCU